AUGUCGUCACAUCGCUCUACUUCGUUCAGAAUAUCAGUUCAUUAUCCGGACUGUGAUGAUUCGGAAUACCCCACGUUUCAACAACUUUUGCAUAACCAAGAUGCUGCUGUAGACCUUAUAGCUAAAAAGGCCGCGUCUUUGCCAUGGAUUGGUACGCCGAAGGGGGGCUUCGUCAUCAAUGAGAACGGAUAUUCUCGACCCUAUACAAAUGCCACAAUUUUUGCCCAAGCAGAUGCAUUUGGGAAAGCUACCAUUGCUUAUGAGGUACACGGAGAUAUUCUCAAGAAGUAUAUCGUCUUGGGUGGGGAUCGGAGUAAGCUGGGAUGUCCAGUUACAGACGAGUCAUGGACUUCGGAUCGUGGUUGCCGUUUCAAUAACUUCACUUCCGGUGCUAUUUAUUGCAAUUCUAAGAUUGGCACUUGUGUAGUGAAAGACGAGAUUUAUAAGAAAUGGCUGAGUAUAGAUGGGGCUGAAGGGGAAACUUUGACGCCCGGCGGAGUGACUCGAUUCAAUAUGUUCUCACACGAUGGAGCUAUCUAUUAUACUGUAACUCGCGGGGCUUUCUGGAUCUAUGGAGAUGUCUACAAGAAGUGGAUGGCUACAGGUGGCGAGUUGGGGAACCUGGGCUAUCCUGUAUCAGACGAGAAGUUGGCUCCCGAUGGAUUGUGUCGCUUCAACAAGUUCUCGGGCGGUGGCGCGAUAUACUCAACUCCAGAACAUGGUGCGGUAAAGGUAGCUGGAGAAAUUUACAAAAGGUGGAUAGCCCUUGGCGGAGGAAGUGGGUAUUUGGGCUCCCCCAUCACCGAUGAGAUUGUCGGCAAAUACGAUACUCGUUAUAAUGACUUCUCUGGUGCUUCCAUCGCUACAGUAUCUGGAGGGGUGCAAUCUCUUGCUCUCCCCCUUGGCGAGCACUCAGUUGGUUUCGUAUAUCCCGGCUUAACAUUCCAGAAUUGUUCAAUCGGUGAUGAGGAGACAGUCACAUUUACCUACCUCGUCGUCCACAACCAUUCUAAUAAACGAGAGGAUGUUCUCAAAAAACUCGACGUCGCCAUACAUAAGCUUGGAGCAGCUGCUAUAGAGGAGAAUGUGAUUUCCCUCAAUUCAAUGCGCAAGCUAUCAAUUGGCGACGCUAUCGGUACAGCUAUAGGCAGAGCGCCUGUGCCUCUAAGUGAGCCAGCUGUUCGCCCAUUUGAGGGAUGGGCCGAUAGUGGUGGUCUAGGGAUGCCAUUUCUGAAUUGUGACGGUAUUGUUGCUGCGGAGGUCACAACGCUGAAAGGUAGCGAUAUCAAGGCACAUCUAAUCGUGGGGAACACAUGGAAAGUUAACGAUAAGCAUGUGGGCACAAAAGCGCCUGAUAGGUGUGGCUCAAUUUCACGAUACCAUGUGCUAUAG